AUGCGCGCUUUGGUGGUAUUUUGUUUGAUUGCUGUUGCUGCAGCUCAAUACGAUUACAGCCCAGUAGCCCAGGAUGAAGCACAAAGUAUUGGUGGUAUCAGUGGCGCCGCACAACUAUCUCAACCCAUUCAACCUUCAAAUGAAUUCAGCAAGGAAUUUUAUUCCUAUUCCGCUCCAGAACAAGAAUUUGAAGAUGGUGGUGCCAACGAACAGAUUGCAAACUCAUUAAAACGUAACUUGCGUGUAGUUUUCAUUAAGGGACCAGAAAACUCUGGUCUUGAGAAUGCUGCUUUGCAAUUGGCCAAAUCUGCUUCUGAUGAUCGUACCGCAAUUUAUGUGCUCAACAAACAAGCUGAUAUCUCCAAUUUGGCCAAUCAAUUACAAAAUCUUAAAAGUAGCAAUGCCAACAAACCAGAAGUGCACUUCGUUAAGUAUAGGACUCCAGCUGAUGCUGACAAUGCUCAACGUACCAUUCAGUCACAAUACGAUUCAUUGCCUGGCCCAUCAAGCAAUCAUAAUGCUGGUUCUGCUCCAGUUUUGGACUUCGCUUCAAAGGCAGCUCCAGCUCCAUCCUCAGGCUACUUAGCACCAGCUCCAGCACCAGCACCCGGACCAAGCGCGUAUUUGCCACCAAACAGAAGGUUCUAA